UUAAAAAAUGCUGACAUUUGGAGGGUGGAAGUUUUCUUUGUAGUUUCGUCCUUUGGAAAGCAACCACUUCCAUGUCCACGAGGGGUCGGUCUGGAUCUCACGUAGCCUUGACGAUCCUUUAUAUUCAUCGAUAUUUUCGAUACCAAAUAUUCAUCGUGUCGUUACUGGAUAACGAAAAAAAUACGUCAGUCGUGGACAAUCGGAUUCAGGAGGAUCGGAUCAUUGGGCACCGAGUCGGAAAAAAAACUUGGGGUACCAGCGUAAACGGCUCGGAGCCGCGCGUUAAUUCCAGGCACACACGAACCUCCUCGAAAAUACCGGGGGAAAAAACGUAGAUGAAAAAGAUCGUUGAGUCAAAGAAAUCAACGGUCCCUUUCAACGGUUUUUUUUAGUACAAACCCCGAGCAUGAUCUGAUCACGGAUUACGUCCAGAUUACGACGUAAAUCUACUAUGUCGGCGAAACCGGAUUUGAGUUACUCUACGGAGACAAGCUCGUUCACAAGAAUUGACGAUCAUGCUGCCAGAACUCCGAGGCAACUGAUCGAACGCUGGACGAACAAAGUUCACUGGGACAGACUACGAUUCGCAAUGCCAACAUACUCGUUCGGGUCAACCGGGGUCCUGCAGCAGGUCGCAGGGUCGAAUCGUGGGACUCAGACGAGCGACCUGCAGUCUCAACCAAUGGGCGAACGGCUUAUGCUCCGAAACGGGUUCACAGAGCAUAUUAUGCGAGCUCUUUCCUCCGAUCCUCAGACAGGCAAUAAUUAGGAAUGGAUGAUCAACGCG